AAUUUAGUAUCGAGCUAGCUUGGUGGUGACUGACUGUAGCGUACAGAGCCAGCUACAGCAUGUCUAGAUUUUGUAUAUUACUAAUACUUGUUUCUGUGAUUUUUGAUUCGACUUUUUCUAUUACAUUCUAUUUACCGGUGAAUCUUAGAAAAUGUUUGCGGGAAGAGAUCCACAAAGACGUGCUGGUUACAGGCGAAUACGAAGUUAGCGACCAACCAAAUGCGAAAACCAAUCUCAAGAUCACAGAUUCAUCAGGUCACACCUUGUACUCCAAGGAGGAUGCUUCAAAGGGAAAAUUUGCCUUUACAACAGAGGACUAUGAUAUGUUUGAGGUUUGCUUUGAAAGCAAAUCCCCCCUAGGUACUGGAAGGGUCCCAGACCAGCUAGUCAAUUUAGACAUGAAGCAUGGUGUGGAGGCAAAGAAUUACGAAGAGAUUGCAAAAGUUGAGAAGCUGAAGCCCCUAGAAGUUGAACUAAGGCGCCUCGAGGACUUAUCGGAGUCCAUUGUGAAUGAUUUUGCCUACAUGAAGAAGCGUGAAGAAGAAAUGAGGGACACAAAUGAAUCCACCAACACGCGUGUCCUGUACUUCAGUAUCUUCUCUAUGUGCUGUCUAAUUGGGCUGGCAACAUGGCAGGUCUUCUAUCUGCGGCGUUUCUUCAAGGCGAAGAAGCUGAUUGAGUAAACCCAUCAAUGAAACGAGGACCAUCAUGUUGAGGACUUUUGGGAAAUGGUGUUUGCUGUACAAUUUGUGAAACAACUGUUUUUUUUUGGAUGGGGGGUCUCCCUUUACAAUUUAAAUGUAAAAUUAUUUGUCUUCUUUCAGCUUCAGUUUUUUUUACCAGCCCCUCAUCUCUGGCACUAUUUGUUUUUAUUAGAAAUACAACCAAAUGUACUUUGAUACAUAUUGGUCUGAUAUUUUCUCAUUCAAUACUAUUGUUACUAUUUUUGUUGUAGUAAAUGACUAAUACUGUAUGAAAAUAAACAUUACAUGUUUAAUGAGUGCACAAAAACUCCCCUUCAAACAUUCAGAUAUUGUUAGGUGAAAAUAACAUUUCCCCAAUAUGUCAGGUACAUGGUUGUUUUUUUAUUAAAAAACGUUUUCACUUUGA